AUGUCCACGCAGCUUUUGGAGAUUAAGGCUACCUUGCCGCUUGGUCUCUUUGGUCUGGACCAGCUAACGUGGUCGGGCAAGGCCGGGUCGCUGUGGGAGUGCUGGAAGCUGGCGCCGUGCUGUGGGGACCCGGACCUGUUGGGGGUCAUCUGCUGCUUUGUGCACUGGACCUGCCUGAGCCCGUUCAGCAUGUGUAAGCUGUACGCCUCAAGCCUGGGUGACCCGUGCUCGAUCUGGCCCCACUGUUUCUGCAUUCUCUGCUGCCCCUUCGGCCGCUGGUUCACGCGGUACAACCUGCGCAAGAAGAACAUGACGCGGGGCAACAUCAUCGGCGACUGCUGCUGCGCCUGCCUCUGUUUUACGUUAUGCGCAUGCUGCCAGGAACUGCGAAGCGUCGACGCCUCUGCCUGGCGCCUUUUUCCUGACUUUACCGUCUGUGGGGCCUACGUCCCGGGCUGCCGCUUCUUGCGGUAG